UCCGACGGCCAGGCCGUGCAGCUGUGCAGCCGGAGAAGCCGAAGGUGCGAGCUCGGGGCUGGGAAGGUGGCGACCGGUGAGCUCUUUCUUGGGGCAGAGCGCCGUGGGGUAAACCGCUGCAACCGCUACGGAGAAACGCUCGCCUUCCGGAGAGGAGAGUCUCUGCGUCUCCGCUGCCACCCACUUCCGGCGGCGAUCUCGCGAGAACCCGCUGUCUCGGCCUUCGCGGCACAACGAGCUUUGAUAAGCCGCUCUUUUAACGAAACGCAGCAGGGCCCACCCGAAAGAGAAAAUGGAAGGCGGCAUCACUGUCCACACCUCCCUACCAAGAUAUAUGAUAAAACAGAGAAACCAUGUCUUUUCUCCGAAUAUACCAAGAACUACCCUCUCUAUCGCUCUUACCUGCCCAGAGAGUCCUUCAAGCCCAAGCUGGAGUACCAGAAAGCGUCCGCGCCAAUGGAAGGCCUGACCACAUUUAGGAGAGAUUUUGGGCCUCACAGGGUGUUACCGGUGAAGAUCCACCAGCCCGACCCGUUUGUCCCAAGCGAAGAGGAUAUGGAUCUGCUCACGACGUAUAAACAAGAUUACAACCCGUACCCUGUCAGUCGAGUGGACCCCAUCAAACCUCAGGACAGUAAAUACCCACGCGGGGGCAAGAUGGAGUGUCUGCCUACUUACAAAGCUGAUUAUUUACCCUGGAACCAACCAAGACGAGAACUGCUUCGUGUGCCACACAGCUACCGGCCAGCGUCAACCAAGUUUGAUAGCCGAACCACACACCAGGAUGACUACUCCAUGAAGGGCCUGGUGAACACCAAGAGCUGUAAGCCUCCGGCCGCACUCAGGCUCUGUAACAUCCCCCUGGAGGAUCUGACAGACUACAAGAUGAGCUACGUGGCCCACCCCAUGGAGAAACGCUAUGUGUAUGAGCCGGAGAAGUUCAAGCCCUGUGAAAUCCCCUUUGAAAGCCUUACCACUCACAACGAGUCAUACCGGGGCCUGAUGGGGGAGCCAGCCAAGAGCUUGAAACCUCCAGUCAGGCCUAGUGUGCUAGACACGCCGUUCUCUAACACCAGCGAAUUUCGAGAUAAGUACCAAGCUUGGCCAACGCCCAGGAUGUUCUCCAAAGCUCCCGCCACCUAUGUCGCUCCUGAAGAAAAGAUGGACCUUCUGACAACAGUGCAGGCCCACUACACGUACCCUAAGGGUGCCCCAGCUCAGUCCUGCCGACCGGUGCUCUCGGUCAAGAAGGGUGGCCGCUUUGAAAGUUCCACCACGACCAAAGAGGACUUUAAGCAGUGGGUCGGCGUGCAGACCAAGCCAAUCAAGCCCGUCUCGCAGCUGAAACGUCCCACCGAGCCCUUGGACCACCUGACCACCACACGAGCCCACUAUGUGCCCUGCCCUCCCGUCACUACCAAAAGCUGUAAGCCCGCCUGGUCUGGCCUCCGACGGAAUAUCCCUGUGGAGGGCCAGACCACAUAUACCAUCAGCUUUACUCCUAAGAAAAUGAGCAGGUGCCUGGCUUCAUACCCUGAGCCUCCCGGCUACAUCUUUGAGAAAACAGAUGCUUUGGGGCACAGAAUAUACAGGCCAGUUUCCCAGACAGGCUCUCGGCCGAGCAGCCGUCUUUCUGUAGGUGAUUCAGAAAAUCCUAACCAGCAGGAGUUGACAGUGUCAGCUUGAUUUUGAAAGAUUGUAAUUUAGAAAUUGCAGACUACUUUUAAAAGCAGAUGAUUGAGUUAUUCGUUGGACAAAAAAAAAAAAAAAAAAAGAAUUCCCCAAAAUGAAAAAAAAGAAAUCUUCACCAUCGUUUCCAGCACACUUGAAUAAAAUGAGAAUCACUUGACUCAAGGAAAAUGACAUUUAAUCACUGGGUCUGGAUGCCUGCCCUUACGUGGUAAAGAAGCUGAGAGAGAUUGUGCAGCUUGCGGAAAGCCACAGAGCUUGGAGCACCAAGGCCAGGCUUGGAACCCAGGUCUUCCGUUUCAAGAUCCAG